GAUCGCGCGUCAGUUCGUCCACUCUCGCGCAACGGGACGGUCUGUACGGAUAUUUCAAUUAUUCGAUCGAACAAUCAAGUAAUAAAAAUCAGUAAAUCGAAUCGAAAAUGAGAACGUUACUAGCCGUAUUGGCGACAGUGUCGUUGGUUCGUGGUAUUGAAUACGAUGGUCUUCGGGUCAAAUUCGGCUGGUCCGACGCGCUGGCCGACAUGGAGUACUUCUUCAAGAUCCCUCGCACCAGCAAGGAUGCGGAGACCGAGGGUUGGAGACGCACGGAACGUCCACCUGGACCGCUGCCGGAGUUGAGGAUGUACUGUCCUCAAGGCCGCGCUGUUUGCCCGCUGUUUGAUGCUGGAGGGUUCGUGGCUGGACUACAGAUAUCUUUGCCAGUAGACGAGUACGAGUCUCUGGCAAUGAAACCUGAAAAGAAGCUAGUAAAGUGGCGAGCACCCGCGCUGGAGGGCGAGCCCUCAAGAGACUACUGGACCCUCACGCAGUACUUCGUCUCUGAAGAGUCCCUGAAAGCCGGAGCAGGCCCACAAGUGGAGAACGGCGCGACCCUCCAAGAUGGCGGCGUGUGGGUGACAGGACUGGACGGAAGACUGAUGAGGAUCCCUAGCACUGAGGCAGAGCUCAACAGCACUGCUUUCAAGAAACAGAACUGCAUUCCUAACAUGGGUACGCACUACUACUACAACAUGACGCAAGAAAUGAAAUGCGAAGACACUCUACCCUGGUUCGCGCUAGUGAGCCAGGGCGAUUUGAUCGGCACCGGCUUCCAGAUAUUCGGCCGAGUGGGACGCCAGAAGUACCGGGAUUGGUUCGAGCGCCCGCCCGGCGCUAGGCAGGGUGCUGAGCUCACGAUCCCGUUUGCCCCCCCGUGUUUGUACGAGUGGGUGUCCUCGUACGGCAUCGUCUCGCUGCACAUCUACUACGUCGACAAACCGUGGACGAUUAAAUGCCAAACAGGUGACUCGGUGAAACCUGCGCCGGCGCUGGACCGGCUCAUGUUCAGCGGCUACCGGUACGCGAACCAAGUCGCCGAUGAAGUCAAGAAGCUCUUCAGUGGAUAACUACGGGAUAGCUAU